CCCACCGGGCCGUACCCCCCACCCCUGCAGCAGGUGUUCCAGGCGCCCCGCAGGCCGGGCAUGGGCACCGUUGGCAAACCCAUCAAGCUGCUUGCCAACUACUUCGAGGUGGAAAUCCCAAAAAUGGAUGUGUACCACUAUGAAGUGGACAUCAAACCUGAUAAGUGUCCUCGACGGGUCAACAGGGAGGUUGUGGAGUACAUGGUCCAACAUUUCAAACCGCAGCUCUUUGGUGACCGAAAGCCGGUGUAUGAUGGGAAGAAGAAUAUCUACACUGUUUUAGCGUUACCUAUAGGCAGCGAAAAGGUUGAUUUCGAGGUGACCAUCCCCGGCGAGGGGAAGGAUCGCAUCUUUAAAGUGUCCAUUAACUGGCUGGCCAAGGUGUCGUGGCGGCUGCUGCAGGAGACGCUGGUCAGCGGACGUCUGCAGGUCCCGCUGGACUCUGUCCAAGCCCUCGACGUGGCCAUGAGACACCUGGCCUCCAUGAGGUACACCCCAGUGGGACGCUCCUUCUUUUCUCCUCCUGAAGGCUACUAUCAUCCUCUGGGUGGAGGCAGAGAGGUGUGGUUCGGCUUCCAUCAGUCUGUCCGGCCGGCCAUGUGGAAGAUGAUGCUCAACAUUGAUGUAUCUGCAACAGCCUUUUAUAAAGCUCAGCCUGUCAUAGAGUUCAUGUGUGAAGUUCUGGACAUCCGCAACAUCGACGAGCAGCCGAAGACGCUUACCGACUCGCAAAGGGUCCGUUUCACCAAGGAAAUCAAAGGUCUGAAGGUGGAGGUCACGCACUGUGGUCAAAUGAAAAGAAAGUACCGCGUCUGUAACGUCACACGUCGCCCUGCUAGUCACCAAACGUUUCCCCUGCAGCUUGAGAGCGGACAGACGGUGGAAUGUACCGUGGCUCAAUACUUCAAGCAGAAGUACAACCUGCAGCUCAAAUACCCCCACCUGCCCUGCCUACAGGUGGGCCAGGAGCAGAAACACACCUACCUGCCCCUGGAGGUGUGUAAUAUUGUAGCAGGACAGCGGUGCAUCAAGAAACUGACAGAUAAUCAAACGUCCACCAUGAUCAAAGCCACAGCGCGAUCAGCACCAGACAGACAGGAGGAGAUCAGCAGACUGAUGAAGAACGCUAACUUUAAUCUGGAUCCCUACAUUCAAGAGUUUGGAAUCAAAGUGAAGGACGACAUGGCCGAGGUGACGGGGAGAGUGCUUCCCGCUCCCAUCCUGCAGUACGGCGGUCGGAAUCGUGCCAUUGCGACUCCCAACCAGGGUGUGUGGGAUAUGAGGGGAAAGCAGUUCUUCAAUGGCAUCGAGAUCAAAGUCUGGGCCAUUGCUUGCUUCGCCCCGCAGAAACAGUGUCGGGAAGAGGUGCUCAAGAACUUCACGGACCAGCUGCGUAAGAUCUCAAAGGACGCUGGGAUGCCGAUCCAGGGUCAGCCGUGUUUCUGUAAGUACGCACAGGGAGCCGACAGCGUGGAGCCCAUGUUCAGACACCUGAAGAACACCUACUCCGGACUGCAGCUCAUCAUCGUCAUCCUGCCUGGAAAAACACCCGUCUAUGCGGAGGUGAAGCGUGUGGGAGACACUCUUCUAGGAAUGGCCACUCAGUGUGUUCAGGUGAAGAACGUGGUGAAAACCUCGCCUCAGACGCUCUCCAACCUCUGCCUCAAAAUCAACGUCAAACUUGGUGGAAUCAACAACAUCCUGGUGCCGCAUCAACGGUCGGCAGUGUUCCAGCAGCCGGUGAUCUUCCUCGGAGCAGAUGUCACUCACCCGCCGGCUGGUGAUGGGAAGAAGCCGUCUAUUACUGCUGUGGUGGGCAGUAUGGACGCUCAUCCCAGCAGGUACUGCGCUACAGUACGAGUACAGCGACCCAGACAGGAGAUCAUUGAAGACCUGUCACAGGAGAUCAUUGAAGACCUGUCGUACAUGGUGCGAGAGUUACUCAUCCAGUUCUACAAGUCCACCCGCUUCAAACCCACCAGAAUCAUCUUCUACAGGGACGGCGUACCAGAAGGACAGUUACCACAAAUCCUGCACUAUGAGCUGUUGGCCAUCAGAGACGCCUGCAUCAAGCUGGAGAAGGACUACCAGCCGGGCAUCACCUACGUAGUAGUGCAAAAGCGCCACCACACCCGCCUUUUCUGCGCUGAUAAAUCUGAAAGAAUCGGGAAGAGUGGGAACAUUCCAGCAGGAACUACGGUCGACACCAGCAUCACGCAUCCGUUCGAGUUUGAUUUCUACCUGUGCAGUCAUGCAGGUAUUCAGGGCACCAGCCGACCCUCACACUACUACGUCCUGUGGGACGACAAUCGCUUUACGGCUGACGAGCUGCAGAUUCUCACCUACCAGCUGUGCCACACAUAUGUGCGCUGCACCCGCUCCGUCUCCAUCCCAGCGCCUGCGUACUACGCCAGACUCGUGGCUUUCCGUGCCCGAUACCAUCUGGUGGAUAAAGAGCAUGACAGCGGGGAGGGCAGUCACGUCUCGGGACAGAGUAACGGUCGGGAUCCUCAGGCUCUGGCCAAAGCCGUGCAGAUCCACCACGACACCAUGAGGACCAUGUACUUUGCCUAAGCACACCCCUCGAGCCAGUUCACCGGGUGCUACCAGUCCCACAAAGCCCACAGAACCCAACGUGGAGUCUCACACUUUGAGUUUCGUUGAAUCUGGCUGAACUAUGCUCAUUUUUUUAUUUUAUUUAAUUGUGUAUUAUUGUAUACUACUUUCGCACUCCCACAUGUACGUAUGUAUGCAAUACGGAGGGAAGGAACGCAGACGAAGCUGUCGUUUUGUAUGCCACCACAAAGCUGCCUCUUAACCUGAUGCCAGAGUUCAAACGCCCCAAGUGGAGGAAUCGUUGUUACUUCCUUUGGCAUUAUUUUUAUUGUUGUGAAAGUUUCUUUUUAAAUGUUUUAUUUUUGUGAAUGACAUGGUACAUUAGCACUUAGUUUUAGUCGAAAGGCACCGCGAGCCCAGAAGAAGCGCAGGCAGAAGCCGCAAACGCAGGUGUCUCGGAUCGAUUUUAGACUCGCCGUUAGUUAAGAGAGUGGCCGAAUUAGCGUAACGAUAGAUGGACCACUGAGUGCAUCGCUGCUCUCUCACAUCAGCAUAACACCGAAACCAGCAUUAUGCACCAGCCAAACGCCAUGCCAACCGGUGAAAAAGGGCCCUCGUCUGUAAAACGUGCAGUUUACUUGCACUUGAAAAGGAUGAUUUUGAUCACUUUUUUUUGUUUGGUUUUUUUACUUCGUGCACAUAAAUCUUCCUGAACUUACAGGAAUAGUUCACCCAACAAUGAUGAUUUUUAAAAUCGUGUCAUUGCAAACCCUAGAUUUUUUUGAUUCUCCCAUGAAACGGAACGAGCUGUUUUCAAUGCAGCACUAAAUAGAUGGUGAUUUAUAAUGUGAAGCUUCGUGUAAGUGUCAUAAAACUAGUCCGCGUGACUUGCAUAUUAUAAUCCAACCUUUGGAAGUCAUAUUUUAGAUUUGUGUAAGAAAAAGACCCAAAUUUGAGUUAUUCUUCACUAUUUUUUAAACUCUGCUUUUUAUGUUUUAAAUAAGGCUGUAAAUGAGAUUUGAGAGCUGCAGUGGAGACGAGUAUCAGUUAAUAAUCACUUAAUUGUUGGUCUAUUUCUUACAUAGAUUGAUCAUGUGAAUUCAGAAGAAUUGGAAUAUUGGAGUAUUUUUAUGACAGUAUAAAUUACCAUCCAUCGCACACAUAUAUAUAUACUGUAUAUAUAUAUAUUAAUGGCCUUUUUUUUUGCAUU